UUUGCCACCUCCCACUUCCUCUGUUCCUGUUUAUAUUUCUCCCUAUUCAAUUGUAGUUAUUGAUAGCGUUUUUAGUUAGAGUGAUGAAUGAAAGGCAGUGUGAUUUCUUAUAGUUUACCAGUAUUAUUAGUAUUUUAGCGGCAACAUCACUCCACAAUCGUACAGACAAUAGUCGAUUGGAAUCUACUACCAGGGGUUGCGUCUUAGAUCUUAAAAGGGCAACUGAAUCAUGGCGGGUGGGACCCCUUAGAAUUGACAAGACUGAGUCAACUAAACAUAACGAGGGUGAUGGAGCAGAUGAAUGACCCUUUGACCAUGGUGUCGGAGUCUACUCCAGACACCAUCAGACAGCAGAGGCGCAGGGAGCUGGACGCUCGGCGGAGUAAGUCUCGUGUGCGUCUGGGGUCAUGCCUACAGAGCUGGGGUCAGCUGAAGAACCACCUGGGAUUCUCUCUGCACUCUGAGCUCGCCAACUACCUACUGCAGAGCUAUUUUUCUAAAGUGUGUGACAAAUGCUCAGACAAUAUGAAAGGGGAUACGACUGCCUUGGUGACAUCAAGAGAAUCUCUGCAUCACCUCGUCCUAUUGGUCCACACCCACGGGCAACAGUGCCCCUUCCCACCAACCCUCCAAUCUAACACUGCCAGAGAGAAGCAAGCAGCUGACACAGAGGGAAGCCAGUCAAAGGGAGAGGCAGUGAAGCAAAGAACAGGCCCAAAGCACUUACCACCUCAGACAGGUGCGAAGGACUGUAGUUCUCCAGAGGAUGGCCUCUCCCCAUGUGCUCUGGGGAAGGAAAUGAGAGAACCCCCGGAUGUGUUAGAGGCAGAACUGUGUCUGCACUAUGUCUGUGAGGGAGGGCAUCUGCUUUCAUGGCAACCUAGUCAGAGUGACUGUGAUGAAAAGAGGGGGGCAGGAGAGGGGGAAGAAGAGAUUGUGGAGGGGGAUAUUACCCCUGCAGGUCCAACUAUGUCCAAAGGGAGGAUAGGAGCAAAGGAGCCCAAGAAGGAGAGUGUCACUGGGAGGGGCCGUCUUACUGUGAGGAGGACUAGGGCUCGUGGUGGAGCAAGAUCUGUGGUGACCCAAGAGGAGGCACAGCAGCCAGGAGAGGAGAGGAUGGACCUGACAACCCUAAACUCUGGAGAGAGCAACUCAAGAGGAAGUGAGAAUGCACAGGAAGGGUCAGUGGCAGGAAGUGACACAAUGCCAGCAGAGUCCUUGCAGUCAUUGGAGGAUUGUUUUCAUAGGCGGCUACCUAUGGAAUGUAAUGAUCAUGACGAUGAUAAGGAGCACAACCCAGACAACAUCACUGGAGAGAAGGAUGUCCCUUCACCCGACAGACCGGAGCCAGCCGACAAUGUUUCUCAGAUUGUCAGCAAAAAGAAAAGAAAAACAACACCAAAAGCAAUCUUGCCUUGUGAGUUUGAUGGCUGUGGGAAGAUCUUCUCCUCUCGGCAGUACCUCAAUCAUCAUAUGAAGUACCAGCACUUCCACCAGAGGACGUUCACCUGCUCUCACACUCCCUGUGGAAAGUCCUUCAACUUCAAGAAGCACCUGAAAGAGCAUGAGAAGCUGCACAGCAACCAGAGGGACUUCAUCUGUGAGUUCUGUGCCCGGGCUUUCCGCACCAACAGCCACCUUCUCAUCCACCGCCGCAUCCACACCGGAGAGAAACCGAUACAGUGUGAGGUAUGUGGCUUCACCUGCCGCCAGAAGGCCUCACUCAACUGGCACAUGAAGAAGCACGACGCUGAGAGCAGUUACCAGUUCCCCUGUGAGGUCUGCGGCCGGCGCUUUGAGAAGAGUUACAACCUGACCGCUCACCACCGCAAAAGCCACCCUGACUAGACCUUGAGCCUUACCAUCACCAACACUGACUCAUCCCCCCCACGCCUCUUCCCUGUCCCUGCAGAACAAUGACCACACCACCACAGCCAUCGGCACAGCAACAGAUGACUGCUUUAUCAUUGGCAUGACAUGAAACCAUGAUGCUGUGCUUUGCCCUGAGUUUACACCUGUCGAAAGUGUGUAAAUAAUGCCCCCUUUGGUCUUUUGUCACCCAAAUGUCCAGUAGGUCAGUGGCUCCUAUGCAGUCCAUGGACAAUCUUCCUACUGAAUACAAACAGUCUCCCCUUCGUCCCGAUGUGUGUUUUUGUUACAUGACUCAAUAUUCUUUGGGUUAAGAACGGUAAUGAUUGAGAAGACCACCUUUGGAUGUUGCUUUUGUAUAAAUCUAUUACUAUGUAGUUUUAUUUAUGAGGAAAGUACAGUAUGUCAAAGGGAAGGAAGGGGAAAAAUAAAAAGUUUGUGUUUUACAUUUUGUUUUAUCAUCUUGAAUUAUCAGACUAAUCACGUUACACAUGUUAUCUAUGAGGAAAUGUUGUUAAUAUAUGACUAAACCCCCUUUAAAGAUAGAAUCUGUAGUUUCUACAUAAAUGUUUUGAUGUGUAAAUUAAUGAUAUAUACCAAUUUGUUCUUGAAGAAUAUAACUUAGAAAUGCCACAUGAACUUAGUUAAUCUCUUGUACUCCAUCAGAACCCAAAAAAUGAGUGUAUUAUGCUCCAAUAUUUGUCAACAAAGUACAUGUAAGCAAA